CUCUUGGUUUCUCCCACUCCACUUCCUCGUGUCUCUCCUGUCGGUACGUCCCGCAGCUUCCUCUCCGCGGACGGGCUGCUGUCACACAGCCACCAUGUUGUCCCAGUCCCGGUGUCUCACCAGGAAUUUCGGCCGCUCCCUCUCUGCCCUCCGCCAGGGGAAUAAUGCGUUGGCUCGUCGAGCUUCAUCAGCUCUGUCAGCAAGCCAUUCUGUCACUUUCAACAACACUGUAAAAUCGGAUCCGCGAUCCAGCAUCUUCCAAAUCCAGUACUUCAGGACAUCUGUAGCCUACAGGGAUGAAGUUGUCACAGUCAAGACCCCUGCCUUUGCAGAAUCUGUCACAGAAGGGGACGUAAGGUGGGAAAAAGCUGUUGGAGACACAGUCUUAGAGGAUGAGGUGGUGUGCGAAAUUGAGACGGAUAAGACCUCAGUGCAGGUUCCCGCUCCUGUUGCUGGAGUGAUUGAGGAGCUUUUGAUUCCUGAUGGAGAAAAAGUCGAGGCGGGAACUCCUCUUUUCAAGCUUAGAAAAGGAGCCGUUGCUCCUAAGGCUGCAGAAGCUCCAAAAGCCGAGGCUCCGGCCGCUGCGGCCCCUCCACCACCUUCUGCUGCUGCGCCUCCCCCUCCUCCUCCCUCGGCUGUGGGCCCCAUUCCCACAACUAUGCCCCCUGUGCCACCUGUGCCAGCACAUGCUAUGGACAUCAAACCAGUUUCAGCCAUCAAGCCCACAGCUGCUCGUGCUGCACCAGUGGCCCAAGCAGAGGGCGGAGCUAAAGGAGCCAGGACAGAGAGCAGGGUCAAGAUGAACCGCAUGAGACUAAGAAUUGCCCAGAGACUGAAGGAAGCCCAAAGCACCUGUGCUAUGUUGACAACGUUUAAUGAGGUCGACAUGCGCAACAUCUCAGAGAUGAGGACGUCUUACAAAGAUGCCUUCCUGAAAAAGCACAACAUCAAGUUGGGCUUCAUGUCGGCAUUUGUGAAGGCUGCUGCCUACGCUCUGGCUGAUCAGCCUGCCGUCAAUGCUGUAAUUGAUGACACAACCAAAGAGAUUGUGUACAGGGACUACGUCGACAUCAGUGUGGCUGUGUCCACGCCAAAGGGUCUGGUGGUCCCUGUAAUCCGGAACGUGGGGGGAAUGAAUUUUGCAGACAUUGAGAAAACCAUCAAUUUGUUGGGAGAAAAGGCUCGUAAGAAUGAGCUGGCUGUUGAGGACAUGGACGGAGGAACCUUCACCAUCAGUAACGGUGGCGUGUUUGGGUCCAUGUUCGGGACGCCCAUUAUCAACCCACCACAGUCCGCUAUUUUAGGCAUGCAUGGCAUCUUUGACAGGCCUGUGGCAGUCGAUGGCAAGGUGGAGAUCCGUCCCAUGAUGUACGUCGCCCUGACGUACGAUCAUCGUCUGAUUGACGGAAGAGAGGCCGUCACUUUCCUGCGCAAGAUCAAGUCGGUGGUGGAGGACCCCAGGGUGCUGCUCCUUGACAUGUGAACCCUUGUGAACUCCAGGCCCAACCAAACAAACCAUCCUACAACAGUGGCUGUUCUCACCUGAUGAACAUUACCGUAAACUGCAGAUGAUAUAUUGUUGUGUUGGUUAAAUAUAGAAAAGAGGAACAGUUGGGAUGUGCGAUGGACAUUUUGUAAGACUGGCAGUGAUUAAUAUGUUGGUGCUGUUGAGGAUAAUGUCAGGGUCGGGUUUCUGUGGUGCUGGUGUCUAGAUCAAAAAGAAAAGGAUGUUCUAUUACACAUGUGCGCUAUAUGUCAUUUUCUACAUUCAACUAAAUGAAAUGUCACCUUAUUGUGAGAUGAAUGGCAAAUAUAGUUCAAACUGCAUAGUGUCAUUUCAUAAUUUUGGUUGAGAGAACAAUGAGCACAUAUUUGGGCUUUAAACAAAGAAACACUUGCUGAAAAUGUCAGAAGUGACAAAAUCCUCCUCAGAAUUGAUGCCAUCUGUUUUACAAACACGAGGAAAGAUCUUUUAAUGCUGUGUAAGAAAGACUAUUUAAGAAAAAAUUAAGUUUUAAACAAUAAAAACUGCAUUACUCACCUGUA